CGUUAAUUGGACUAUUUUGCUAGACAAAAUGCAGACCACUAUGUUAUUUGCAGUGUGUUUUCAACAAGAAUGUGAUAAAAAUUGCCUUGAAAAUAUUAUUGAAAAUGGCUAGCAGAAACAGAAGAUACACAGUAAAUGAAAUCAUAUCAAUGCUUGAGGAUGAAGGUAACUUUGAAAGGGCAGAUAUACAUGUUCAACCACCUCCUGUAGAUGAACUGACAGAUGAAGAUAGUGCAAGUGAAGAUGAAGAAGUAGGUUACAACAACCUCAGUGGACGUCAGUUAGACCAACAAGCAACAGCGACAGUUAUUCGCCUAGAUGGACGUCAUGUUGUUGAUUCAGCAUCAGACUCCGAUCUAGAAACUGACCAUUCUUCAGAUUCUUCUGAUACAGAUGAAUACGAAGUGCCUGCAAAUAUUGCAAAAAGACCUCAAGUAAGAAUUGCACUACGGGAUCCAGCUCCGCGUCCCAAACGACCUGCACCAGUAAAGAGGAAGUGGGAAAAUAAAGAUCUACCUGAGCAAGAUAAAGACAGAUUCACUUGGCAUGGCUCAAAUAUAGACAAAAGUCGAUGGCCGCAAACACCAGAUGGCAUCUUCAACUUAUUUUUUGAUGAUGACGUGAUCAACAUGAUUGUUGAACAGAGUAUAAGAUAUGCUGGUUCAAAAGGCAAUCAUUCGUUUUCAACUUCACCCCAAGAAAUUAGGAUCUUCCUAGCAAUUCUGCUUAUAUCAGGCUAUAACACUGUGCCAAGACGGAGACAGUUCUGGAGCCGGGAUGAUGACGUAAGGAAUGAGGCAAUAGCUCGUACAAUGCCGCGAGACAGAUUCGACAUAUUGGUGCGAUAUGUACAUCUUUGCGAUAACAACAAUCUUGACAGAGAGGACAAGUUUAGCAAAGUAAGACCACUGCUAUGUCUGCUGAAUGAGCGCUUCUUGUUAUACCUUUUGAAAGAGAAAAACCUUUCAAUCGACGAAAGCAUGAUCCCGUACUAUGGGCGACACGGAGCGAAACAGUUUAUUCGUGGGAAACCAAUUAGGUUCGGUUAUAAGAUGUGGGCGUUAACGACAGCACUUGGAUAUGUUUUACAAUUUGAGCCCUAUCAAGGGGCAAAAGGCCACCAAACCCAUGAUCCUGGCUUCCUUGGAAUGGGCGGAGCAGUAGUUAUGGACCUGCUUUCAGAGCUGCAGAAAGAUGAUGCAUACCAUAUGACUUUUGAUAAUCUAUUUACUUCCCUGAAGCUCGUGGACCGGCUUACAGAUAUGGGAAUAUCUUGCACAGAAACCAUCCGUGCCAACCGAAUAGAAGAUUGUCCUGUCAAAAAUGUAAAAGACAUGGGAAAAACGCAACAAGGAAACUAUGACAAGAGCUGUCCAUCCAAGAAGUGGUGGUGGCCAGUGUUUAUGAAUUGCAUUGACCUUGCGGUGCAGCAAACCUGGCACAUUUACCGUGCUACUGAUGCAGGAUUGAGGCAACCAUUAGAUCUGUUAGGUGUCAGACGAGCUCUGGUUACUGUGCUGCUUGCUCAGGAGCGUACACCUGCUGUCAGCCCUGGCAGACCAAGAGGUAGGAUGAGGCCAUUGUCAAGAAGAAUUCCAGACCAUAUCCGACUUGAUGGUAAAAAUCAUUACGCAGAGCCAGCAAAAGAAUUAUGCAAAGUGAGAUGUCCAUCAGGAAAGCUUCCAGUUUUUUUUGGUGUUCCUUACGCUACGUUGAAUGACAGGGUAGCAGGCAGAGUUGAUGUUAUAAAGUCUGGAACAUCUCCACUCUUUUCACAGGAGCAGAAGACACUAUUAUCAGGACAUUUGAAGACAAUGUCUGAAAUAGGAUAUGGAAUAGUAGGCAGGAAACAAUGGACUUGGCCACAGACUAUGCCAUCCACCUUGGAUUGA